UGGAAUGUAUACACUGUCUCCCUGCCCAGCGGUUCUUUCACAAAGCUCUAGAAAACUGUGAAAGCGCCUUCAGCAUAAACAAAUCCAGAACUCUCCCAGGACAAAUCAUUUGCCAACUGAAGGAAAGGCCUGGGUUUAUGGUUUCACUUGGAGCCAGAGGUGGAGACUCUGGAGGGACGAGCCGGACCAGACAUCGGCGGAUGGUACUGCCACAAAACAAGAUUAUCUGAAGAUGCUGUUUGCCUGUUACCUUUGAGAGGAACCAUAACCAAAAGGAGAGGCGUGAGCUGUGAAGUCUGGAGGGCAGGUGGCCUCCCUUUCCAAUCUUCACUACAGGAUUUUCUUGGCGAUACCCUCACGCGUCUUGGAGAAAGGAUGCAGAUGCUCUAAGGUCUUGGAGACUCCACAGCCAAACCCUCCAUCCAGCACAUGCUCCCUCGUGGGACUUCUUCCCCUCUUUGCAGGAUGAAUGAGUCAUCGCCAGAUGGGCUGCUCUUCAACGACCAUGACUUCUCCUCCGAAUUGUUGAGGCAGCUCAAUGGCUUCAGACAAAACAGCAUCCUGACUGAUGUGAGCAUCUGUGCUGGGGCCUGGGAGGUCCCCUGCCACCGAAAUGUGCUGGCCUCCAGCAGCCCUUACUUCAGGGCCAUGUUCUGCAGCAACUUCCGGGAGAGCAGUGAGGCCAAAGUCCAGCUGAAGGGCGUCAACUCCAUGACUCUGGACCAGAUCGUCCUGUAUGUGUACACCGGGGCGGUGCACAUCACAGCUGACAACGUUCUGCCUUUGAUGGAAGCCGCCUCCAUGCUUCAGUACCCCAAGCUGUUUGAGGCCUGCUCCUCCUACCUCCAGAGCCAGCUGACCCCCAGCAACUGCCUGGGCAUGAUCAGACUCUCUGAGAUCUUAAGUUGCAAGACCCUCAAGAAGAAAGCCAGGGAGGUGGCCCUGACGUACUUCCCAGAGGUGUCCGCAUCGGCGGACCUGAAGGAGCUCUGUGCUUUGGAACUGAGGGACUACCUGGGAGAUGACGGGCUCUGUGGGGAGGAAGAGAAGGUGUUUGAGGCCCUCAUGGUUUGGAUCAAGCAUGACCUCCAGGCCCGGAAACGAUACAUGCAGGACCUGUUCCGGCUGGUCAGGCUUCAGUACAUCCAUCCGGCCUUCUUCCACCACUUCAUUGCCAAUGACGCUCUCCUGCAGUCCUCGCCUUCAUGCCAGGUCAUCUUGGAGACAGCCAAGAGGCAGAUGUUUCCUUUGUAUGGCGCCACCAGUGCCCCAGACCUCCAACCUCCGUGGCACAUCCCCCCAAGAAACUCUUACCAAGACUUCCUCAUCCUCUUGGGUGGAAGGAAGGACAACCAGCAGACCACCCGGGACGUUCUGCUGUACAACAGGCAGACUGGCCAAUGGCAGAGCCUGGCCAAGCUCCCGACCCGGCUGUACAAGGCGGCGGCCGUCUCCUUGCACCGCAGCGUGUACGUGCUGGGAGGCAUGGCUGUCGGCGCACAGAAGAGUGUACCCAGUCACAAUGUCUACGUCUUCUCUCUGAAGCUCAAUCAGUGGAGCCUGGGGCAGCCCAUGCUGGCGGCCCGCUACUCCCACCGAAGCACUGCCCAUAAGAACUUCAUCUUCUCCAUCGGGGGCAUUGGAGAAGGGCAGGAGGUCAUGGGCUCCAUGGAGAGAUUCGACAGCAUCUGCAACGUCUGGGAGAGCGUGGCCAGCAUGCCAGUGGAGGUUCUCCACCCUGCAGUCGCUGUGAAAGACCAAAGACUCUACCUUUUCGGGGGAGAGGACAUUAUGCAGAACCCUGUGCGCCUCAUCCAGGUUUAUCACAUUUCCAGAAACACAUGGUUCAAAAUGGAGACGAGAAUGAUCAAGAAUGUGUGUGCCCCUGCAGUGGUGCUUGGGGAGCGGAUUGUCAUCGUGGGAGGUUACACACGGAGGAUUCUAGCUUAUGACCCUCAGUCCAACAAAUUUGUCAAAUGUGCAGACAUGAAAGACCGGAGGAUGCACCACGGGGCCACAGUCAUGGGGAACAAGCUGUACGUGACAGGCGGGCGGCGGCUGACCACAGAUUGUACCAUCGAGGACUCCGCCUCCUUUGACUGUUACGACCCUGAGACAGACACCUGGACAUCCCAGGGACAGCUGCCUCACAAACUCUUUGACCACGCCUGCCUCACUCUUCAGUGCAUACCCCACACUUCCACCUUCCCGUGAGGUCGACAAGAAACCAAUAUCCAUAUAAUAACCCUAAAAAAAUAAAAAAAGCAAAAAAAAACACAAAAAACCAAUGCUCAUUGGCCCUUUUUGAAUUCCAGGUGGACCUCUUGAGCCAAUCACCGUUUCCAGGGAUCAUGCUGCUAUAGCUAGCUAGCCCUGGAUCAUGUCUCUACAGGCAGAGGUCAGGUUAACUAUUGUCAUUGACACCUUACCCUAACUGCACAUAAUGACACAAAGUGAUUCCCCCAAAAAGGAAGAAAUGCUGGUCUGACAAAAACCACAUCUGCCCAGAACAUUGUGGAACUUUGGAAUGAGAGAGCUAAGAGACCCAGAACAGUCCCCGGAAGCACUUGCUCCAGGUGGCAGCGUGAGCAAUAGGCCGUGACUGUGUUUCUCUGCAUUCUAUGGACAUUGGAAUUCCAGAAAAGUAUGUGCAACUCCGUAUCUCCUAUUUGCAACACUGUCUGUGCUGCCAGAAUAAAGUUUAUGAGUGCUGCCAAAUGAUGUUUUUCUCCAGCCUCUGGGGAGCUAUAAACCUGCAGAAUUAAUCAGGAUUUUCAUUUUGGUAAAUGUUAUGAGAAUUGCUCUUCUGAAGAAAGCCAACAAAUUCCUUCAGAGAUUCCAGCAAGUAUUGCCUUGCCAAUGCCAGGGCUGACUUUCCCUAUGGCCCCCUUUAUGUCAAAGUGCCUCGCAGGCUGGUCCAGUCCCAAGCCCAGGAAUAAGCCGGAGCUGGCAGCACAUUACAACCACCUGGGAAAAUGUUUGAAAACGGGACCGAGCCCCAUUCAAGAUGGACAGAUGGGGAUUCUCAGAGGCGGGGCCCAGAGCUCUGUAUUUUUGAAAAGCAUCGUAGGUCACUGUCAUGUACAGGCAGAACCACUGCCCUGCUCAGCUCUGUGCACUGAAGACCCUCAUACACUGGUCCCAUUCCCAUCCUGUUCUGGCCAGCCCUGUCCCAGGCCAGCGGUGCAGACAAAGUCCUCGCCCCACCACUGGAACCAUCUGGAAUGAGCCUUGCGGUUCUGAGCUUGGAAACAGAGUGCCCCAAAUUGAGGUCUUCCUCCCUGUCUGAUUCUCCAGGUCCAUGUUCUGGGCUUUUCCUUUUUCCCUAGUUUGUAUUUUUCGCAAGUCGGUUUCUCCUGCUGGGGUCUGCCCUGUUCCCCGGUCCACUUGGCUGUGGUCCAGAUACCCUGCCUGAUGGUCAGCCCUGCUCCUCGGCUUGGUCACUGUCCCCUUAGCUGCUGGCUAGCUUCUUAUUCCAACCUAUUCUCUUUGAACUUCUCUAUUCAGGCUCUCAAUCCCACGUCUCCCUGAAAGUGUACUCAUAAAGGUAACCAGGGACUCCUACAGUCCCUAAAACUGGCAGUCCAUUUUCAUUUCUCAUCGGGCGACCAGUCAGCAGCAUAUGGCACAGCUGACCUCCCCACAUCUUGAAAUCCCUUCCUCACUCCACCUCUGGGACACCACUCACUCUUCGCCUCCUGUUCCCUGCAGUUUAUCCUUGUCUCCUUAUUUUCCUGACUAAUAAAUGGUGGUG